AUGCUCGAUUAUAAGUUCUUCCAGGCUGUAUGGGAUGGAGAUGUGGAGACUGUGAGGAGGGGGCUGGAGGAAGGGGUGGAUGUCAACAGGAGCUUACAGGUUAACUCUUAUUUCGGCCGGGCCGGAGACACAGCUCUGUAUCUAGCGUGUAAAGGAGGUCGUGAUAAGGUUGUGGAGCUGCUCAUUAAGAACCAUGCUGAUCUCAACAUGACUAACAGGGACGGAGACACAGCUGUGCAAGUAGCGUGUAGAGAGCAUAAUGUCAAAGUUGUGGAGCUGCUCGCUAAGAACUGGACUGAUCUAUACAUGACUAAAAAGGACAGAGUCACAGCUCUGGAUGCAGCGUGUGGAUGGGGUCAUGUCAAAAUUGUGGAGCUGCUCUUUAACCAGGCUCAUCUUAACGUGAAUAUCUGGGACGGAGGCACAGCUACAGGUCUGCAUGUAGCGUGUAGAGAGGGUCAUGAUAAGAUUGUGGAGGUGCUCAUUAAGAACCAGGCUGAUCUCAACGUGACUAACGAGAUCGGAGACACAGGACUGCAUGUAGCGUGUAGAGAGGGUCGUGAUAAGAUUGUGGAGCUGCUCAUUAAGAACCAGGCUGAUCUCAACGCGACUAACAAGGACGGAGACACAGCUCUACAUGUAGCGUGUAGCGGGGGUAACGUCAAAGUUGUGGAGCUGCUCAUUAAGAACCAGGCUGAUCUCAACGUGACUAACAAGACCGGAAACACAGCUCUGCAUGCAUGCGCAGCAUGUAGCAGAAGUAAUGUCAAAGUUGUGGAGCUGCUCAUUAAGAACCAGGCUAAUCUCAACGUGACUAACGAGACCGGAGACACAGGUCUGCAUGUGGCGUGUAGAUGGAGUCAUUAUCAGGUUGCGGAGCUGCUCAUUAAGAACCAGGCUGAUCUCAACGUGACUAACAGGAGCGGAGACACACCUUUGCUUGAAGCGUGUAACCGGAAUCAUGUCAAAGUUGUGGAGCUGCUCAUUAAGAACCAGGCUGAUCUCAACGUGACUAACAGGAUCGGAGACACAGGUCUGCAUGUAGCGUGUAGAGAUGGUCAUGAUAAAGUUGUGGAGGUGUUCAUUAAGAACCAGGCUGAUCUCAACGUGACUAACAAGGACGGAGACACAGGACUGCAUGUAGCGUGUAGAGAUGGUCGUAAUAAGAUAGUGGAGCUGCUCGUUAAGAACCAGGCUGAUCUCAACGUGACUAACAAGGACGGAGACACAGGUCUGCAUGUAGCGUGUAGAGAUGGUCAUGAUAAAGUUAUGGAGCUGCUCAUUAAGAACCAGGCUGAUCUCAACGUGACUAACAAGAUCGGAGACACAGGUCUGCAUGUAGCGUGUAGAGAUGGUCGUGAUAAAGUUGUGGAGCUGCUCAUUAAGAACCAGGCUGAUCUCAACGUGACUAACAAGGACGGAGACACAGGUCUGCAUGUAGCGUGUAGAAGAAGUCAUGAUAAGAUUGUGGAGCUGCUCAUUAAGAACCAGGCUGAUCUCAACGUGACUAACGAGAUCGGAGACACAGGACUGCAUGUAGCGUGUAGAGAGGGUCGUGAUAAGUUUGUGGAGCUGCUCAUUAAGAACCAGGCUGAUCUCAACGUGACUAACAAGAUCGGAGACACAGGACUGCAUGUAGCGUGUAGAGAGGGUCGUGAUAAGAUUGUGGAGCUGCUCGUUAAGAACCAGGCUGAUCUCAACGUGACUAACAAGGACGGAGACACAGCUCUGCAUGUAGCGUGUAGAGUGGGUCCUGAUAAGGUUGUGGAGCUGCUUAUCAGGAACCGAGUUGAUCUUCUGAUCACCAACAAGGAUGACAAACGCCCAGUCGACGAUGCCACACUACUGCUCGAAAGUACAAGAUUAUUGGUAGAAACAGAAACACGGAAGCAGGCAGAGUACGGCGAGCUGGUCUCCUCUCUGGGGUCUGAAGAAGAAACAACAGUAAAGCUGUUUCUUUCUGGAGACGGGCAGGUUGGGAAAACAUCCUUGAGGGCCAUUCUAAAAAAGACCGGUUUCAUUCUGGCCGUUCUGUGGAACAUCCGAACAAGGUUCAGGAAGGAAGAGUUCAACCCCACCGCAGGAGUGCACGUGUCACGUAAACACGUGAGGGGGAUCGGGAGACUGAGUCUGCUUGACUUCGCAGGACAGGCGCAGUUCUACGUCACACACGCCAUGCUGCUCCGUACAACAAACGCCAUCUUCCCGGUCGUCUACAAAAUCACAGAUGGGGAGGAGGAACAGAAACACCAGGUCCAUGGUUGGCUAAGUUUCAUCAACUGCAGUAACCCAGAUCCCACCAACAUGCCCCGGAUCGUCUUGAUCGCCAGUCAUGCUGACAAGCUACAAGAUAAGACAGCAGGUAACUCAUUAGCUUCAUCGUAUCAUUACGACCACCAUAUGCCAAAACGUGCAGGGCUCCGCCGCGCCGAAGCCAUGGUAGAACACUACAGAAAGCUGUUCGAGGGAGUACUGGUGGUGUCACCGGAGGUGUUCCUGAUGAACUGCCUGAAAGCCGGGUCAGCUAACAUCGAACGGCUACGACACGUGCUUGCUGCUUUCAAGGAGGAAAUGUUGCAGGACCGACAGGCAGUUCCAAAGGUCUGUGUGCAGCUGAUGUCCAACCUGGCACGCUGGAGGGAGCAGAGAGAAACGUUCCCGGUGAUGCAGUGGGAGGAGUAUCUAGCAGCUGUUCAACGGGACAUUUCCGUCAGCCUAGCAGAGAGAAUUGUACAGCUCGCGUCAUCAUACUUGCAUGAUAUUGGAGAGAUUAUCUACCUUCGCCGCGAUGCCGCUGCUGUGGUAGUGCUGUCCCCGCAGUGGUUGUACACGUCAGUCUUUGGAAUUCUCCUGGCUCCUGACAACUUCCCCAUCGACAACAUCCAGCGAACUGCCCAAGAUCACGUCACCUAUGGGGAACUCCAGCGAGUCUUCGGCACUGUUGCCGACAUCCCUCUGCUCAUCAAGCUGCUGCAGGACUUCCAGCUCUGCCACUCGUUCGACGGUCACACCUUCAUCCUCCCCAGCAUGCUGCAACAGGAGAUAGACGAGAGGGCGUGGUCUCCUGUGUCCGGCAAGGCUGUCUACUUCGGGAUGCAGAUCCGCUGCCGCACGGAGAUCGACAGCUUCUCGUGCGACCUGUUCCCCCGGCUGCAGACGCUGCUGAUGCAGGCGCACCCAGACAAGCUCAGCGAACCACUCCUGUGGACGAACAGCGCCAAGUGUACCGACGGGAAGGCAGAAGCCCUGCUGCAGAUCUCACAGGACAAGAGGCGGCUCAAUAUCUUCGUCAGGAGUAGGAAAGGCAUCAGGGAGCACUGCACAGCUCUCAUGGACGUCCUGACAGACAUGGCGUACAAACUCCUGCACGAAACCAGCCCAGGAGCCAGGUCACAAGACAUGGUGCUGAGUGCCCUGGACCUCCGGGAACACAGACGUGAGAUCCACGCCUACAGCAGGGAAGAGGUGGAGGAGGCGGCGGGGGCGGGCAGGGACGUCGUCCAUCCCAGGAGGAACAUUCCAGAAGACGUCAAGGACCUCCUGUUGCACCUCAGAAACCUGGAAGGCAUGCUGGGAAGAAUAGCUCGGAAGCGUGCCCAGCUGGUGGAGACCCUACGUCACAUCAGGCCCAUCCUGGACCGUCUCAUCGCCGAUGACGUCAUCAGCGAUGAGGAGAACGACCGCGUCCUGGCUACCAGGACUCCCCAGGAUGCAGCGCGCGAGCUGCUAGACAUGCUAGAGGCCAAAGGUGAACAGGCAUGCAUCGGGUUUCACAUGGCUUUAAAACAAGUUGACCAGUAUGCUGCCAGCCUCUUGGAAUAGAAAGAAAUGCAUGCGAAAGAGAGCUGCCAGAUGUAG